AUGACAGCACAAGACGAAAUUCUGGAUUUGGUCCGCCGUCUAGAAAGUGCCCCUGGGGUGUUGGCCCCUCUGUCGAUAGAGGCCGCUCUUCACUCCCGGUUGCUGGCGGCUGCUCAGAAUCUCGUGGCAUCGUUGAAAAAGCCUGAGAUUGAGUUAAGGAAUCUUGCAAAGGCGCCCGUGGCGAAUGCGAUAUUGCGAACAGCAUUUAAGAUUAAUCUCUUCGGCGCAUUCGACCAUGGAGCGACCACCGCACAAGAUCUCGCUAACUGUACGGCGGUGGACCAUUUGCUUAUGGUCCGCAUAAUGCGCACGCUGGUUUCUUUGGGAAUUUUCACUCAAACAGGGCCAGAAUCAUACGCCCACAGUUCACUCUCCGAAGCACUCCGAAACCCCAAGAUUCGGGCAGUUGUCCGGGGAAUGGCCGAAACAGCAUCGGUAAUGGUGUCGCUCCCCGAGUAUCUAUCCUCCAUUAAUUUCGACAACCCGGCAGACCAUCGCCCAUCGUUGUUUGGAUUCGCCCGGGACACAGAUAAGACCAUGUUCGAGUGGUUGGAGUCCGAACCAGAGCAGCGUAGGAUCUUUCUCGAGUUUCAAUCUGCUUCGUCAGAAAUGUCCGAUUUUCGUCUCCGGCCAUUGCUGCAGUCUCUCCUAACGCAAGGCGACUCUAACGCAGAGGUCGCAUUCGUAGAUGAUUUACCCAAGGUCAUUGAGGACCUUGGAACGGACGGAGGUGUCGAAGUUAUGGUGUACAACUUUUUGGAGCCGCAGCCGGUCAAAGGUGCGGCAAUCUACUUCUUCCGCCACAUCUUCCACAACUGGCCCGAUACAGUAUCCCAGCAGAUCCUCCGCAAUACCAUGUCCGCGAUGGGGCCCGCAUCCCGUAUUAUUAUUGUCGAUGAAGUCAUGCCAAAUCUCCAUGCCCCGCUGUACAUAUCUUAUAUCGAUAUUAGCAUGAUGGCCUUUGGGGGCUUGGAGCGCACGGAAAUUCAUUGGCGGCAGCUACUAGAAACGACUGGGCUGCGGAUUGGUAAAAUGGAGCCUCUAGACCCAUCAUCGUCGAGCUCAGAUUUCAUAAUUGAGCUGUCUUUGUAG